GGCUGGAAGCUGUGCAAAUGCAUCGGGGCAACGGAUGUUGCGCUCAGACUACAGACAGACGCUGACUCAACACGAAUGGACCGCUGACACCAUGGAUGAAGCUGUGUGGGGGUUUCCUCUGCAGUAGGAUGCAUGUCAGUGUCUCCAUUUGGACGUUUCCACAGAUGACUUCCCACCUUCCCACCCUUCUCAUCUUGUCCAGCUUGGCGGUCUCAUCGGAACCGAGUUUGGAGGAUGUUUUCUUCAGUCCCCAGGACCAGACAGUCAGAGCAGGAGAGGGAGUCUUCUUCCAGUGUGUGUCAGGGGAAAGUUCUCCUCCUGCAAGCAUCACCUGGCUCAAAGAUGGGGCACCGGUCACGAGAGGUAGACGCAUUCAGGGUGAGUACGGAGGUGGUAACCAGAAGAAGACUUCCGGUACCUUGCAUCUUUUCAACGUAACAUUAGAGGACGAUGGGAUGUACAUUUGUGUGACACACAGUCGUUCGCUGAACGUCAGCAAGGAAAGCAGCCCGGCUAAACUCACAGUGCACGGUGUGCCUAGUAGGUUGCAGAUCAUCCAGGGCCCUGACAACAUCACCGUCGCUACGGGAACAGAGGUCUCCAUGCACUGCGCUGUCCGCGGCUUCCCCGUUCCCAUGGUGCACUGGUUCAAAGACGGCAGCCUCCUGUCGAACGGCUCGGCCUCGUUCAGCCUCCGGAACAAUGGGCAGCUGCUCACAUUCAGGAACGUGACCAGGGUGGACGAGGGCUCGUACCACUGUGAAGCAUCCAACCAGAGGGAAUCGAUCACGUCCGAGGCAGCCUUCCUACUGCCAGCCGAAAUGGACUGGAGUUUCAUCCAGCAACCCAUCGACCUGACGGUGAAGAGAGGAGAAAACGUCUCAGUCACCUGCAGGCCUCCGUACAGCCGACCGGCCGCUCAGGUGUCCUGGUUCAAAAACAACCAGCUUCUCACCUCCACCGCUCACCAAACGGUGCUGCCCAGCGGAGACCUCUUCUUCCACAGUGUACAGGCGGACAACGAUGGGAGCUACUUCUGCAGGGCCUCCAACGUCCAGCUUCAACGAUUCGUCACUUCCAGGAGAGCAGCUCUGACUGUGCUGGCCCCUCCGUCGGUGACACUGUGGCCCCGGGUGCUGACGGUGUCGGCUGGAGCUCGGGUGGCGCUGGAGUGUCAGGCGUCCGGUAACCCUUCCCCCUCCAUGAGCUGGGUGAAGAGAGGCCACUCCAAGCAGACGGGAGGCAAGGUCGUCCUGGGAUCGGGAAACGCCACCCUCCACAUCCAGUCGGCCCGGAGCUAUGAUGAGGGAGAGUAUGUUUGCGAGGCCUCCAACGCUCUGGGCCACAGCCGCAGCACAGCGGUGCUGAGAGUUGCUGUGAGUCCCAUCAUAGUGAGCCUCGUGGGUCAGGUGAGCUGCAGGAUCGGGGCUUCGGCGGUCUUGCCCUGCAGGGCCGUGGGUAUUCUGCCCAUCACCUAUACCUGGAGCAAGGGGGGAGCAGAGAGAGACUCCUCCAUCACACAAGACCGACGCAUCGAUGAAAAUGGAGCUCUUCACAUUUCCAGUGUGCAGUAUUCUGACGUUGGGGAAUAUAUCUGUACUGCUGAGAAUCGGGCAGGGCGACAUCAGAGGCGUAGCAUCCUUGCUGUUAUAGCCGAACAUCGUCCUGCUGAUGGAGGCAAGCAGACAAGACCCUAUUUGUCCGCUAGCAACGACACUAGCAAAGACCCGGCCGCUUCCCAAUCCAGUGACGCGUUGGCCGAGCAACACCUCGGGACGACACACCAUCCCCACGCACGGACACAGCAUCAAGAAGCCACGUGCUCCUUAUCGCGCUGUGGCUCUACAACCAACAGAACCACCACACUGCCCACAUGGCCAAGAGGAGCCGCGGCGGAGCUCAAGAUGCCCCAACAAUCACACGGCCGUCUUUUCAAGGAGCGCCUCGAUCAACCGGCGACCAUCACAACGCGGCCACUGGUUACACAGAUGCAGCCUCCAACGUUACCGCCCCCUCUACGUCCAAACAUCCAGUCGGUAGAUCGCCACACGCAGCUACCGUUGGCUAGUGGUCCCCUUUCGAUUUUAGGUAACGCACACAGCCAGACAUCAGCAGUCACCAGGGACGUUUUGGGUACAACCCUUCCGGAAUUACUCACUGAAAGUCAAUCGCAAUUGGCAUUGACGCCAUCAGGUGCACAGUUUCGGCAUCAGGCAAGUGACGGAUUGUUGACAGAGCCCGAUUCUCAGGGGUCCAGCAUGCGCGCCGUGUCUCCAGCCAGUCCAACCCUAGAGCCCCUCACUGAGAGGUCCAAGCCUCCAGUGGGUGAACCCAAUGGCUUUGUCAAGAUAGGUUUCUACUUGCCAACUCCAACACAGAGUCCAACAACCCAGACAAAGACAAGCCACUCCGGUUCAAUCACCCAGCCUUCUCUUCAAGCUCCACCCAACCAAACUCAAACUCACCAGGUGGCUUCAAAAGCUACAAUCUAUCAAUCCGUCGAGGAGCCAACCUCAACCCAGGUUUCUCAAACCGAAUUCGAGAACAGCGGUCAACGUCUACACCAGGAAACAAAUCUGCAGGAUUCACCAACCAUCUCACAAAUGACUCAAGCUGAUCCUCAACCAUCAUUCACUCAAAGUCUUCUUCCUAAAUUUCACCUUGAGCCAUCAACAAACUCAAACCACCUGCCUUCCACACAACCUCCGCCGUCUUCAGUCACACAUCCUCGACGAUCCCAAACUCACAGUGAACCCACCAAAACCACUUCCGCACUUCCUCAAUCAUCUCCAACACAGCAUCCAUUGCUCCACUCACAUGCUCCUCUACCUCAGACAGAAACAUCUCCGCUCCAACACAGAAAGCCCCUUAAAAUCCAGCCUUCAAUCUCAACCCAUCAGACCUCUGAGACCCUUGUCGUCCAUCGGAUCGACAUGUCCGACGCGGUGCAGCGGAACACCAGCCACAGAGGUGAACCAGGUCAUGAUGCUAAAUCAGCCAAUGACACGGGGCCUUCAGAGUGGCUGAAGAGGAACACCUCCCAAUCACCCAUGACCAGCAAUGAUCAAAGAGUAACGCAGCAGUCUCCGUCAUGGUUGCCCCUGCUGGAGAAACACGACAUUCCCAUUGUGGUGGGAGUGGGUGUAUCUCUGGCCUUCAUCUUCAUCACUGUUACCUUCUAUUCAGUGGUCCAGAAGAAGGAACCUGCACCAACAAGCCGAGCAGGUCAGAGAUCCUCAGCCACAUCAAAUGUCAGCACACCUAUUUCAAAUUCUGAACAUGCUCAGAGGAACGUUGGCGUCCCCGUGCGACACACUGACCGCCGAGCCGCAGGACGCACGUAUGAAAACAGAGCUUUUGAAGACGACGGCGGCGACGACGACUGCGUGGCCGUGAUUGAGCAGAGCCCCAACACGUCGCACACCCGGGCCCGACCCCCGGGGCCGAGCCUGGUCACGGUGCAGAUGGAGCCUGCCUUUGAGGGUUUUCAGGGGGACGGUCACUUGGUCACCGUGGAGACGUAUCCCGAGCCCAUUCUUGACACAGAGAUCGAUCCCCCUCUGGAGGAGGUUAAGGGCUGCAGCUCGUCGCAGCCCAGCGUCCAGCUGCAGUGUGCCGAGGACUGGACCGGUGACACGGCGGACUGCCGCCGCAGCCCGCUGCAGGACUCGCUGCCUCCGCCAUCGUCCUUACCCUCCCCGUCACCUUCCCCCUCGCCGCCGUCCAGACGGGGGGAGGAGGAGGGCCUGCGCUCCUCGCUGACCCUGCGGAGUGCUGAGGCGUUUUUGGCACCCAUCCACCACAGCCUCAGCAUCACCCACGGCAACUCUCCCAUGCUGCUGUCUCACCACGUCUCCCUGGGCCUCACCACCGUGGCGGUAGACGUUCAUUUUUACCCGGCAGCCACUGCUUCAACGUCAGUGGGUAGCACCACUCAUAUCAGCUCAGUCACUAAUUCCACUUCGGUGGCUGCGCCUGUGUUCGGUUCCCAGGUAGUUAACCGUCAAGAGAAUGACCAGUCGGCCAGAUUUAAUCAGAGCAAGUAGCUCCAAUUUAAGGCCAGGACACGCUUGUAAAAUAUUUGCUAAUUUUAAAAAUACUUUUUUAUAU